AAAAAACUUAUAAUAUACCCCCAAAACAAAAACAUCCUUUUUCUCCAUUUCUUCCUGUCUCUCAUCUCAAUCACCAUUCAUCAAUUUUUUAACCAACUAUGGAAGACAUUGGUGAUGAGUACAAAAACUAUUGGGAAACCAAUAUGUUUCUCCAAACCGAAGAAUUCGACAGUUGGGGAGGAUUGGAAGAAACUUUUUCGGGCUACUAUGAUUCAAGCUCGCCGGAUGGGCCUCAGUCGUUGGCAGCCUCUAAAAACAUCGUUUCGGAGAGGAAUAGAAGGAAGAAGCUCAAUGAUCGGCUCUUUGCACUUAGAGCAGUGGUCCCAAACAUAAGCAAGAUGGAUAAAGCAUCUAUAAUCAAAGAUGCAAUUGAUUAUAUUCAACAUUUGCAUGAUCAAGAGAGGAUUAUUCAAUCAGAAAUAAUAGAGCUUGAGUCCCGGAAAUCGGAAUCUGGUGUGUUUGAUUUUGAUCAUCAAGAGGCGUCAACUGAGAGAUCAAAGAAGAAAAGGAUUGAGCAAUCCCCGGAUUCCAUCGAAUCAAGUGUCUUCCCCGUUGAAAUUCUUGAACUAAAUGUUUCAUAUGUGGGGGAGAAGACCGUGUUGGUGAGCUUAAAAUGUAGGAAAAGAAGAGACACCAUGGUGAAGAUUUGUGAGGUUUUUGAAUCUUUGAAGCUUAAUGUUGUCACUGCCAACAUUACUGCUUUUUCUGAGACCCUUUUCAAGACUCUCUUCAUUCAGGCAGAUGAGGAAGAAAUAGAUUUCUUGAAGAUACAAAUUCAUACCGCGAUAUCGGCUCUAAACGAUCCUCCAAGUCCAAUGAGCACCUAGUCAGUGUUAGCAAAUUUUCAUCUUUUAUUUCCAGUUUUUCAAAUAUAUUCUUUAAAGUUCAAAGGUCAUAUCAAGACUUUUUCAUAAUAAAGAAAAAGAUCUCCUUGACCUGAAAGCUUUACAGAAAACUGGAAAUAAAAACGACGAUGAAAUCAAAUAAACCUUAGCACCCCUCCUCUUCCUCCUGUUCAGUUCUGUUUCUUUUUGUAAUCUUUUUUCCAUUGGUGAAGGAGAGUUUUCUUCGUGAUUUUUCCUGGUUCGUUUUCCUUAGAGGGAUAUCGUUUGCCCAGUGCAUAUCACUAAGAUGGUCUCUUUAACCUAUGGAAUUUGCAUACUAGCUACUUAUCAUUUGCAUUUGUUACUGUAUGUUUUUAAUUAUUUUGUUUACAAAAGAACUAACCUAAAUAAACAUUCUUCUAUUUGUUUCGAGAAGGAUUAACAAUUGAUUUUAUGAACUAAA